UCUCUUCUUCAUAACAUUUAUUAUUUCACUUUGAUUCUUUUAUUUAUUUCAAGCUGAACUUGAAGAAUAUUGAGUCAUAUUUGUACAAAGAUUACAACUUACUGAGAAAUUAACUACCUACUAUUUUUUCUAGCUUGUGCCUAUAUUGGGUCUCAAAUUUCUUCUCAUUUAAUGGUUCUUUGAAUUGGGGUUGGUUUAAUUUCUUCUUUUCUUUCUUGGGUUUUGGAGGAUUUAGCUAAAGUUCAAAUCUUGGAACAUAAUUUGUCAUAAAGUUGUGAUCUUUGACACUUUCUUGGAAAAACUGCAUUACCCUUUUGACACUUACUCUACUGAAAAAAGAUAAUUUUUUUUAUUUUUUUUGGUUAAGAAAUGAGAACUGGGAGGAGAAAAAAGCUACAUUUCAGCAAGAUCUACUCAUUUAGAUGUGGGAAAGCAUCAUUUGUUAGUGAUGAUCAUUCACAAAUUGGUGGACCUGGAUUUUCAAGAGUAGUAUUUUGUAAUGAACCAAGUGGUUUUGAGGCUGGAAUUAGAGAUUAUGCUGGAAAUUAUGUUAGUACAACAAAAUAUACAGCAGCAACUUUCUUGCCAAAAUCUUUGUUUGAGCAGUUUAGAAGAGUAGCUAACUUCUACUUUCUUGUUACUGGAAUCUUGUCUUUUACACCACUGGCUCCUUAUUCUGCUGUCAGUGCCAUUCUUCCUUUGAUAAUUGUUAUUGGUGCAACUAUGGUUAAAGAAGGUAUUGAAGACUGGCGUAGAAAGCAACAGGAUAUUGAGGUGAAUAACAGGAAGGUUAAAGUACAUCAAGGAGAUGGAGUUUUUGAUCUUUCUGAAUGGAAAAAUUUGAGAGUCGGUGAUAUAGUUAAGGUGGAGAAGGAUCAAUUCUUUCCAGCAGAUCUUCUUUUGCUUUCAUCUUGUUAUGAUGAUGCAGUUUGCUAUGUUGAGACCAUGAACUUAGAUGGGGAAACUAAUUUGAAGCUUAAACAGGCAUUGGAUGUUACUUCAUCGUUACAUGAAGAUUCGCACUUCAAAGACUUUAAGGCUUUAGUUAAAUGUGAAGAUCCUAAUGCUAACUUGUAUACUUUCGUUGGAAGUAUGGAAUACGAAGAACAACAGCAUCCUCUUUCUCCCCAGCAAUUACUCCUCAGAGACUCUAAAUUGCGCAACACAGAAUAUAUAUAUGGGGCCGUCAUCUUUACUGGUCACGACACUAAGGUCAUGCAGAAUGCGACAGAUCCCCCUUCUAAAAGAAGCAAGAUUGAGAGGAAAAUGGAUAGAAUCAUUUACUUCUUAUUUGCAGUUUUGUUCACAAUUUCUUUUGUUGGAUCAGUCUACUUUGGAAUUGUAACUAAAGAGGAUCUAGAUGGCGGACAUAAAAGGUGGUACCUGCAACCCGAUAGAUCAGAAAUUUUCUUUGAUCCGAGAAGAGCUCCUGCUGCUGCCGUUUACCAUUUCCUGACAGCUGUAAUGCUGUAUAGCUACUUGAUUCCGAUCUCCUUGUAUGUGUCGAUCGAAAUUGUUAAAGUUCUUCAGAGUAUCUUCAUUAAUCAGGAUAUUAACAUGUACUAUGAAGAAACUGAUAAACCAGCACAUGCUCGCACCUCAAAUCUAACUGAGGAACUCGGCCAGGUUGACACAAUACUUUCCGAUAAAACUGGCACACUGACUUGUAAUUCAAUGGAGUUUGUCAAGUGUUCUGUAGCGGGAACUGCUUAUGGACGUGGUAUUACAGAAGUUGAAAGGGCCAUGGCUAAAAGAAAUGGAUCUCCGCUGCUGAAAAUAGGUAAGGAUCAUGUUGAGGAUGGUGCAGUUAGUCCUAGGAAGUCCACUGUUAAAGGCUUCAAUUUUGAAGAUGAGAGAAUCAUGAAUGCGAAUUGGCUUUUUGAGCCUCAUUCAGAUGUAAUACAGAAGUUCUUCCGUUUAUUAGCAGUCUGUCAUACAGUCAUACCAGAAGUAGAUGAAGGUACAGGCAAGGUGUCAUAUGAAGCCGAGUCUCCAGAUGAGGCAGCCUUUGUCAUUGCUGCUAGAGAAAUUGGUUUUGAAUUCUAUAAGAGGACGCAGACAAGUGUGUCGGUGCAUGAAUUGGAUUUGGCUUCUGGACAGAGAAUUGAGAGGUCAUAUAAGAUUUUGAACGUUUUGGAGUUUAAUAGUACAAGAAAAAGGAUGUCCGUCAUAGUAAAGGAUGAGGACGGAAAGAUCUUGUUACUCUCCAAAGGUGCUGACAGUAUCAUGUUUGAAAGACUUGGAAAAAAUGGAAGAGAGUUUGAAGAAGAAACAAAGGAACAUGUGAAUGAGUAUGCCGAUGCAGGUUUGAGGACCUUGAUACUGGCUUAUCGUAAACUCAGUGAAGAAGAAUACAAAACGUUCAAUGAAAAAUUCCUAGAGGCCAAGAAUUCAAUCAGUGAAGACCGUGAAACAAUCAUUGACGAAAUAACAGAUAAUAUAGAAAAAGACUUGAUUCUUCUUGGUGCUACUGCUGUGGAGGACAAACUUCAACCAGGGGUUCCGGAUUGCAUUGACAAACUGGCUCAAGCAGGCAUAAAAAUUUGGGUUUUGACUGGGGAUAAGAUGGAAACUGCCAUUAAUAUCGGUUACGCAUGUAGUUUGCUUAGACAAGGAAUGAAGCAAAUUAUCAUAACGCUGGAAAGCCCUGAAAUUAUAACUAUAGAGAAAACUGGAGAAAAGAAUGCAAUUGCCAAGGCUUCAAAGGAAAAUGUUUUACGACAAAUUACUGAAGGGAAGGCUCUACUUACUGCUUCAAGCACGGAGGCAUUUGCUUUGAUCAUUGAUGGGAAAUCUCUUACAUAUGCCCUAGACGAUGACGUAAAAAAUAUGUUUUUGGACCUUGCAAUCAGAUGUGCCUCUGUUAUAUGCUGCCGUUCAUCCCCAAAACAGAAGGCACUGGUAACAAGACUUGUCAAAUCCGGGACUGGAAAGAUAACUUUGGCAGUUGGAGAUGGAGCUAAUGAUGUAGGAAUGCUUCAAGAAGCUGAUAUUGGAGUUGGAAUCAGCGGCGUUGAAGGAAUGCAGGCUGUUAUGUCAAGUGAUGUUGCUAUUGCUCAAUUCCGUUUUUUGGAACGCUUGCUUUUAGUGCAUGGACAUUGGUGUUAUAGAAGGAUCUCUUCGAUGAUAUGCUACUUCUUCUACAAAAACAUCGUAUUUGGUAUCACUGUGUUCUUAUACGAGGCAUAUACAUCAUUCUCUGGACAACCAGCAUAUAACGAUUGGUUUCUGUCAACUUACAACGUCUUCUUCACAUCACUCCCGGUGAUUGCUUUGGGAGUUUUUGAUCAAGAUGUAUCUGCCCGAUUGUGUCUUAAGUUCCCUUUGCUGUAUCAAGAAGGUGUUCAGAAUCUCCUCUUCAGAUGGCGUCGUAUAAUAGGCUGGAUGGUCAAUGGCGCUUGCAGUGCGGUGAUAAUCUUCUUCUUAUGCAUAACAGCAUUAGAUCCUCAAGCUUAUAAAAAAGAUGGUAAAGUUGCUGGAUAUGCAGUUGUUGGAGCAACCAUGUACACAUGUGUUGUUUGGGUUGUCAAUUGCCAAAUGGCGCUCGCUAUUAGUUAUUUUACCUUAAUCCAGCACAUUGUAAUCUGGGGUGGAAUUGCUCUCUGGUACAUUUUCCUUCUGAUUUAUGGAACCAUGUCUACAACAUUUUCCACUACCGCGUACAAAAUCUUCGUGGAAGCGUUAGCUCCGGCCCCAUUCUACUGGAUCAUCAUAAUAUUGGUGACAGUUUCAGCUCUACUUCCCUACUUUAUAUACAAUGCUAUUCAGACGCGGUUCUUCCCAUUGUACCACGGGAUGAUUCAAUGGAUAAGGUACGAGGGGAAGUCCGAUGACCCAGAGUACUGCCAUGUGGUGAGACAGAGAUCGAUAAGGCCCACAACCGUAGGUUUCACUGCUCGUUCAUUGGCGAGAACGAAUCCUUUGGAAGACAGGAAAGAGAGGAGCAGUAGCCACAGAUAACCACUGUCCAAGUUGGAUUUUCACGAGCAGUAUACAUGUUUCUAUUGAGCUGCGUACACCCCACCCUCCUCAGACUCCACGUGUGGGAUUUCACUGGGUAUGUUAUUGUUGUAAGCUGGAACUUGCUCAUUGUACAUGUUUCUCGAGCUGGUUCUGUACACAACUACAUACAUGGAGGCCACCUCGUCGAGGUCCAAUUGACGCAACGCCGUACUACUGUACCAUGUCUUAAAUGGGCAAAGAUGCCCCACAAGUUUGUAAAUUUUGUACUGGUAAUAUAGUAUGUAAUUCUUUCAUUCUACACCUUGUAAAAUUUUUGUUGAGUACUAGAAGCAGCAUAGCAGAUAAGCAACUUUUAAUAAGGAGGAGGAUUGGUUUUGUUUUAAGUUAUAAGACCCCAUAUUCUCUUUCAAGUUAUUAUCAUCUGUACAUUUUUUGAUUAAUAAAGAAUGAGCAUUUCAGUUGAA